CUAAAACACUGAUACAACAAAAACAAACUUUUGUAGCGUUAUAGUAACGAUUACUCAUAAAAUGAGAACACAAUAAUUUCGUUAAAAAAUAGUUAAUACAGCAACAUGACAAUGGAUUUUAAAUCCUUCUUUUUAUGCAUAUUAUUACUUUAUAAUGUAGAAGCAAAAUUGAGGGAAGUGGUGUGUCCUGAUUACUGUAACUGUGAUUUAUUUAAAAAUUUUAAACGGGCGGUAUGUCAAAGUAAAAAACUUGUGUCUGCAGAAAUUGGUAUACCAGCGGAGGUAGAAAUUCUUGAUUUGUCUUAUAAUCAGAUAAGUGAAUUGGGAAAUAGAGUGUUUGCUAAUGAUGGACUAACGGAUCUGAAACUUCUAAAUUUGUCGAACAACAAAAUUAGUCAAAUACAUAUGUUUGCUUUCGAAGGUAUUAACAAUUUGAAAUCGCUCGAUUUGUCUUUUAAUAUAUUAGAAUAUUUCUUGGAGCAGUGGUUUUCAAGCUGGCAAAAUUUAGAAGAGUUAUAUUUAAGAGGCAAUAACUUGGUUCUGAUCAACAAGCAACCUCCAUUGAAUCUGCCAUCAUUAAAGAUUUUGGAUCUGAGCCAGUCUAAGAUAGAGUACUUUAAUCCCAACGUCUUCACAUUACUACCCAAACUUGAAAUAUUGGACAUUUCUUCAAACUACAUGCAACAUCUAAAUUUUGAAGUGAUAGUCCCUCUUACAAAUUUGAAAUUAUUAGUAGCAAAGGAUAAUAAUCUGGAAUGUAAAGAAAAAUUCCUACCUUUAUUACGACAUCUAAUUCGAAAAAAUAGCAUUACCUAUGUUGGACCCUGCAUAAGGACAGUUAGAAGAAUGAGAACACAGAGACCAAAUAUUGAAGAAAGUUUAUCAGUAUCAAAUAAACCAGAAAAUUCUGAAUAUGUCAUUCAGGAUGGAAAUAACAAAGAUUUAGAAUUACUUGCUCCAGUUGGAUAUAACCGGCCGAGCGACAAAAUAGGAAAAUCCGAAAAAAAAAUUGACAAAACUGCAAAUUCUAGAAAAGAAGAAGGUGCUAAUUUGCCUGUUGAUACAGAUAAAUUAGCAAUUUCUAGCAAUUUAGAAACAGUUAGUGACUCAGAGAUACUCGGAGAUUUGCAAAAUUUUAUAAGUUCUGAUAAAUUCCAAAAAAUGAAAAUGGAAUCUCCCUCUCCCAAUAACAAACUUGAAAAUGUUGUUCCUUUCAACAAUGAUGAUAAACUUGAGAUUUCUGAAAACAAUCAAUCAGAAAAAAUAAAAGAUGAUGAUUUAUUCGAUAAGUUAAAGAAUUUCGUACGAUUUGAAAAACUUAAAAAAGUUUCAGCAAGUGAUUCAAAUGCUAAAACGGUUAGAGAAACCCCGACAAAUGCACCAGAAAUGUCCGACUUAAAACCAACUGUUCCUGAAAUAGCUGAAAAAAAUGCUUGGAUGGUAGAUGACGAAAACACUAAGAGCGAUAACGACAAUAGUAAAAACUAUAUUGAAAAUUGUAAUGGCACCAAAAAGGUUAAUUUUAAUAACGUAUUAGAUAAAAUGGCAAUGGAAAUCAUAGAAAUAUCACCCUCUAUGAUAUUGAUACUGUUUACUCUUUUUGGAAUUAUGCUUGGAUUGGUUAUUGGCUGCACUGUUCAAGUAAAAGAGAUCCCAAAGGUUAAAAAACCUAGCAACAAAUUUCUAGAUCUAUUCAAACGUAGAAAGCCAAAAAAUAAAAAACAGGAAAUAAAUGAAAUAGAUCAGGGCGAUAUCAAAAUUCCAAUUCAAGAAGAUGAUGUUAAAAAAAAAGAAGACAUUGAACAGCAAUCAGCAAUGCAGGGAAACGACGAGGAAAGCGAUGAUUGCGACAUUUGCGAGGAAGAAAGAGAAAUGUUAAGAGAAAGAAAAAAUAAAAAACAACCCCAGAGUCCCUUUGAGGAUCAGACUUUUCUCUUAGACAAUGAAUCGGUUCAAGAUGGAAGCACUCCAAUGAUGGGCAAAAAAGAAUUCUCAUCAUUUAAAGGCUAAAUAAUAAUAGAAAAUUAGAAUAAAAAUGUUUGUGUUAAAAAUUUGUUAUUUAUAUACCUAUUUUGAAUUUUGUUUCGUAAAUAUUGCCAAUCAAAACCAAUCCAUACCAAAUUAUUUAGAGAAAAGUACCAAUGUCAAUAUAAUUUUUCUGAAAUGUACAUUUCAAUUUUCAAAAGUCUAAAAUUUUCAAAACUUGUUUAAUUUAUUUAGUUUGGAUGUUUGGAUUUGAAAAAUGGGACUAUUAUAUGAAGAUAUAAUAUUAAAAUAAUAAUUUUUAUACACUAAUAUAUUUAAAAUAGGGACUUUUUUAUAAAAAUAAAAAUUAAUUUAAAUAUCCAAUUUCAAAUAGUAAAUAAAGAUGGAAUGAUAGCUUCUGCGCUCAUAUUACAAUUUUUUUAAUUUUGUUAUAAUGACUACCUACGUAUAUCCCUUUAAUAAGGAACUUAAAAAUAUAUACUAGUAUACUUGUAUGUGUAUAAUUUCUUUGGAUGUGGAUUAUUUUAUUGUAGUGAUUAGGUAAAAUACCCAAUUUUUGCGUUUAUACUUUUCAGAUAUUACAAGAAUGUAUGUUUUAUAGUGUAUGUUGUAUAAUUUAUGUGUCCAUUUCCUUGUUUUAUGUCUCUAUUUUGUCCGUUUCUCUUUUUAAAUGUAAAUUAUUUAAAACUAUGAUUUUUGUACUGGUCUAAUUUAAUUUGUUUUAUUAUAUUUUUAUUUUGUUAUACGAAGUUUGAAAGUACAAAAUAUAUAAAAAGUAAAUAUUUAUGUUUUUUCGGAAAAUAAACGUUUUUUGAUUUAAAAUAAUUAUAAACUAAAAUGUAUUCAUAUUUUUUUAAUACAGGGGUUUCAAAGCA